GCUAAUUGCUUAAUUAUUUAUAAGUGCCUCAAGUCCUUUUUGUUGUUUUUGUUGCUAGGGGCCGUGGGGUCACCUUCUCUUCCUCCCUCCUGCCACCCCGAGUCGCCCGCGUUACAUGUUACGCAGUGGGAGAGCACGUUGGCCUGGAUCUCAAGCAACCCGUGUUCUAGUCCUGUCUCUGUCAUUUCCUAGAGCUGUGGCCUCGGAUCACUCCCUGGUGCCACAGCAGCUGAGUGUGCAUCAAAUCUGAAGAAAAUCUACACGGUGCAAACAGUACAGAUAUUCUGGAGUGUGUACAAUAAUAUUCCUCCUGUGACUAGCCUGCCUUUGAGAUGUAGUUAUCAUUUAAUGAGAGGAGAGAGACGACCUCUUUGGGAAGAGGAGAGUAAUGCGAAGGGCGGUGUAUGGAAAAUGAAAGUUCCCAAGGACAGCACGUCCACAGUUUGGAAAGAGUUGCUGUUAGCAACUAUCGGGGAACAGUUCACAGAUUGUGCCGCAGCAGAUGACGAAGUAAUAGGAGUUAGUGUCAGCGUUCGUGACCGAGAGGAUGUCGUCCAAGUCUGGAAUGUAAAUGCCUCUUUAGUGGGUGAAGCGACUGUUUUAGAAAAGAUCUAUGAACUUCUGCCCCACAUAUCUUUUAAAGCAGUAUUUUAUAAACCCCAUGAAGAGCAUCAUGCUUUUGAAGGUGGACGUGGAAAACACUAAUUGCACUCUGUAAAGAAUUCUUUGUCCUUUGCUGAUUGGUUUUGGAAACGGUCUUAACAGGAGGGAGUGAAGAGAAGACUUGCCGAAGCUCUCGAUGCUGGUCCAUUUAGAGUGGUUUUCUGUCCUUGCAGAUGGGGCAAUUAGCACUCAAAGUGGCAGGUGGGGGCAGGGGCGAUUGUGUGGGUUUCUAUGGUCACAUUACUUGCUUUAUUUUUUUUUUUCUUUUUGGCUUUCUAAAUUCUCUGUUCUUUUCACUCUGAUUCUUUUUUUUUCCCCCUUUUUAAUUCCUUAUUCAGUCUAAUUAUUGUUUUCUAUACUCCUCUUUCAUUGAGGCACAAGAAAUUGGUUUCCCUUUAAGUAGCUCUUCUAUACCUAGUUAAUGAGAAUAUGCAUAAUCGUGACAAUUCUGCUUUUGAAAACCAUGCUGUAUGUGGAGGAAUACUAGCUUGGUGAAACCUGUCUUCUGCGUAUUUGUUGUGACAUUCCUACAUACUAUGUGCUGGGCAUUGUUUUUUCUGUCCCAGGGAAAAGAAAAACCAUUCUUAAUCUGAUUUUGCACUGACAGCACACACACUUUCUCGUUUCUUUUUUAAAACUUUUUUUUUUUAAAUGAUAAAAGAAAAAUAAUAGUUGAGUUGCCUAACCUGACAACUAUAAUCACAAUUCAGUAUCAGAAUAUAAAUCAAAUUCUAGGUUUUUUGACCCUUUGUGGAAAUAUUUUUAACUAAAAUUUCAAUUGGCCUUUUCAAAGCAAGGCUUAGAGUGCUGGCAAGGGAUUCCUCUCAAUAGGAGACCUGGUUUUUCUGAUUUAAAGAGGAGGCGAUGUUUUAAUCGUUUGAGUAAAGCUUCUUCUGAAUUCGGACGUGUGUACCCACUUAGGGCUUUACAGAUCAGUGCUAACACAUUUUGUUAAAUAGUCCCCUUUUCCUGUCCACAUCGUAUGUAGUUUCCGAUAAUCGAUAGUCUUCCAGAUGGGCAGCUUCCCCCUCCCCAUUUUUGUAUUUAGGAGCAGGAAGUUAAAUCUCAUUUGCAGGGUGACUCUGAACCUUCAUAAAGUUGAGCUUUGAGUGCUUUCUGUUCGUAUGAAUCAUUGGAAUUGAUGAUAUGCAUUGCUUCAUGCCACCGAAGAAAUAACUAGUUUUAGUGGAAGGAACUGGCCACCCUCCGGAGCAUUGAGACGUGCUCAGACUGCACCCGUUGCCUCUGGACUCUGCCAAGCCUCUGGCUGCUUUUACCUGAAUAAGGGCAGGGCUCUUUGAAGACGCUUCCUCCUGUGGGCUUGUUUUUGGAGUCCUAGGAGCUAGCGUGUGCUUAUACAUUUCACCAAAGGGCCACACACCCAGACUGUCCUUGUAUCCAGGAUCCUUAAUUCCUCUUGCAGUAUUGACCAGCAGAAGAGGCGAGGUUACUUCAAGCCUCCAGCGAGUGUUUGCAAAUAAAAUUCUCCAUUCACACAUUUUAAAGGACUUUCAACAAUAUCUAUUUAUGAGAGUUGUGCCCUUCAUUUUCACUGCUAACCACAUCAACCAUAA